AAAUACUGCAAGAAAAAUGGUCACUAGUUGACCCUGUUGUGGUUGUGAGUUUUAACACACUCGCCUUAGGUUUCUCAGGCCUUUCUUGUUUGAGCCUAUGUGAGCUGGGACCAUCUUUUUCUUCUCUGCUGUUUCUAACUGUUGAGGUGUCAGCUGUCACAUCGUCCGCCAUAUGCUUCACCAGUCUGUGCUGACAGAUAGUGACAGUAUGAAGUAGCUACUGAGAGAGAGGUGACAGUGAAGGAGACUGCUGUCGUGAUGAGGAGCAUUAUAGUGAUCUUAGAUUUCUUCUUUUAUAAUCUCACAGUGGUUUUUUAUACGAGUCAUAAAAACAGAAGAUAAGUGAAAUACAUCCUCUUUUUGUGGCUAAGAUGACCAGCAACUCACCCACAGCACGCUGUUUGUAUUUGAUUCAUAGCUUGCAUUUGCUUUACAGGGGAAACAGGAAGGAUGCUUGCAGAAGCUAUAUGGUAUCACAAAGACACAAAGCCCAAGGUCAACAAUCUUAAGUCUAAAAAGGCUUCUAGCUUCCAUGAGUUCGCCCGCAGCACCAAUGAUGCUUGGGACAUCGACGAUGCUGAGGAUGAGGAUUUCCUAGGGACCCCUGCCCCAGCUUCAUCAAGCCUACACUCGACGUCCAAACAGAACCAGCAACAGCAGCAGCAUCAGGUUGGUGACACAGAAAACAGGAUGCCACACAGUCUGGCACCUCUUACGACAGAAAGACUCCAGGAUGUUCAGGAGGAAGAGAGGGACUGCAGGCACAUCAACGGCAAGGUUGUCAAGUCUAAUAGUGAGGCCCACCUCAGCUCAUCCUCAGUUCACUCCACACUACAGAAGCAGCAGUCACUCCCCGUUCGACCCAUCAUCCCACUGGUGGCUCGCAUCUCAGACCAGAAUGCAUCAGGGGCACCGCCCAUGAUGGUGCGGGAGAAAAGCCGGCUGGACAAAUUCAAGCAGCUGCUGGCUAGUCCCAACACUGACCUCGAAGAACUCCGGAAGCACAGCUGGUCGGGCAUACCAAGAGAAGUCCGGCCAGUGACGUGGAGACUUCUCUCCGGCUACCUGCCAGCCAACAAGGAGCGCAGAGAGCUGGUGCUACAAAGGAAGCGGGAGGAAUACUUUGGUUUCAUAGAGCAGUAUUACCACUCCAGAACAGACGAGCACCAUAAAGACACAUACAGACAGAUCCACAUUGACAUUCCAAGAACCAACCCUCUGAUCCCCUUGUUCCAGCAGCCUGUAGUACAAGAGGUGUUUGAGCGUAUCCUCUUUAUCUGGGCCAUCCGUCACCCAGCCAGUGGCUACGUCCAGGGAAUCAACGAUCUGGUCACACCCUUCUUUGUCGUCUUCCUGUCUGAGUUUGUCACGGAGGAUGUGGAGAACUUUGAGGUGGCGGAGCUGCCUCUGGACACCCAGAGAAACAUCGAAGCUGACAGCUUCUGGUGCAUGAGCAAGCUGCUGGAUGGAAUACAGGACAACUACACAUUCGCUCAGCCUGGAAUUCAGAACAAAGUGAAGGCUUUAGAGGAGCUGGUCAGCAGGAUAGAUGAGGACAUUCACAAUCAUUUCAAGAAGUAUGAAGUGGAGUACCUGCAGUUUGCUUUUCGGUGGAUGAACAAUCUGCUAAUGAGGGAGCUGCCACUUCGUUGCACUAUCCGUCUGUGGGACACCUACCAGGCUGAAGCUGAGGGUUUCUCCCACUUCCACCUGUAUGUCUGUGCUGCUUUCCUCAUUGAGUGGCGCAAAGAAAUCCUCUCCAUGGUUGACUUUCAGGGCCUCCUCAUGCUACUGCAGAACCUUCCUACAAUCCACUGGGGUAACGAGGAAGUGGGUCUCCUCCUGGCUGAAGCCUAUAGACUGAAGUACAUGUUCGCAGAUGCACCCAGCCACUACAAGAGAUAGGCCUGGGGCCUCCACAUCACAGCAAGCGCUGUACCUUUAAACAGAAAAUCAAACUAGACUGUCACUGGAUGGGUGCAGGAUCUGAGCUAAUACAGACCUGGAGAGAGAGUGAUGUGUUCAAGUGCAGCUCCACAAGACCAACAGUAUGUGAUCUCAGAGCCACUGAACUUAUCCUGUGAAUAUGAAGUCCACACUGGAUUUAAGUUUAUGGUGCAGCCACAGAGCUCAGCAAAUAUGAAACUAUUUGCAGUGAGUAUACUGCAUUGUAUCACUGGACUGUUACAGUAUAAACUUGACAGCACUCAGACAGCGCACAACUCCGCCAAGGCAGCUUCCUCAUAAUGCCAUUAUACCUAAAAGCAUUAUUUCUAUGAUAGCUUCACCCUCAUAAUGAUUCCUUUGGAACCACACUGGUAUCAUUAAAAUGAUAUUUCCCUGAUGGCGGUUUUCCUUAGGAUGUAGGUCAGUAACUUUUGAAGAUUCAUCAAAUCUGUUGCCACCCUACUGAAUCAGCAGAGUUUCAGCUAGAAUUUGAUCUUUGUUGCAAGGCUGUAGCAUUGUUUGUCAUCUCCCAUAGCCAGUUUUCCAUGAGCCCUGUAAAUCAUAACAUUCUGGAUCAGCACAUCUGGAAUAUUGCUUGUAGACUUUGGUAUGUACUAGAUCUUGCAAUUUUUGUCCAAGCAUAGUAUGCACUAUGUAGGGAGUUAGAAGCAAAAAUAUUGAAAUCGGCCCUAUUUCGCAAUGGUGAGGUAUCCUUUUUAAAAAAAUCCAGAUCAUCAUCCAGAUCCAGGAAAUCAUGACCUCCUUGGUGGAGGUAAUAAUCACAGCUGUGCCAUUGUGGUUUACUUAUACUGAUUUUGGUCAUGUAACAUUGUCUCUCAAAUGAAAUGUACACGCUGUAAUAUACAGGGAUGAUGAAUGUUUGUGAGAUCAUCCUUUUAGUGAAAGUAUCUACAGAUUCUAUUUUUUGCAGAAUUGUUUUAUUAGUUCUACAAGGGGAAAAUGGGUGCACACCAGGCAAUUUUAAUAAUUUGCCAUUUUUUUUCUUUUUACUUAUUUAAUCUGAGUUUUUCAAGCUGUUGUAAAUAAGAUGGCCUUUGGGUUUCCCCUGCCUUUUCAGAUAAUAGAGCUAAUUUGUGAAUAGACAUAUUUUGGUUUAGAGUUAACAAGUCCGCGCCGUACAAUCAACCUCAAACAGUCAGUUUAAUUUGACUUGUACUUAGUUAUAAGAGCUAAAGAGUAGCAAACAGUAGAGAAAGUCAUUUGGUUUCAGUUUGCCUUCCUGUUAUUACAAAUCAGCUGUUCAAGAUGAUUUUUUUCUUUUUAAUCAGCUCAUAUAUGUUAACUGUGGCAAAAUUUCAAUUUUAUUGCCUCAGAAUAGAUUGGGAACAACAGAGACCUGGUUAAUGUAGCUUAGAAAUUUCCUGAACAUGUCAGCUGAAAUGUCUGAGAUUAAUCAAAAUUUUAUUGUAUUUUGAAUAAUUCUGAUAUACCUUUAUUGAGAAAUGGUGGCACCACAACUGGCACGAAUUGAGAUCAGUAACAACUGGUUUGUUUUGGCCUCAGGGUGCAUAACAAUGAGAGCAGUAGUGUUUUAGCUGACCCUAUAAUAAUCUGUGAAGUAUCUAUAAUAAGGUCUGAAAUGGAUUAAUGCUUUGUUGUCAUUAAGGCUUGGGUUUUAUAUUUGCUUCAGGUCAGGUCUCUCUUGUAUCUGUGACCUUUCCCCAACGGUCACAGAUAACAAGAGAUGGUUUUAUUUUUGAGUGAGGGGUGAAUAUGUAUGUUAUUGCUCCUCUACCUUCUUUGCCAGUGAUAAUUAUAACACAAUGUAUGUUUAGCCUUUGGUACUUUCCCUCCCUCUGUUUUGUUUUUUGGGGUUUUUUUUCUGUGAUCAUUGGUUGGUUUCAUUUUGAAGCACUUCCUGUGUUAGGCUGUAGUAAAGUUAAAAUCAGAUUUGCUGUCUGGCUGUUACAACAGUUUGAGUUUAGAAACAUCUUACAUGAUUUUAAAAAGUCUUAGCUCAUGUUCAGGUGUAAUUCAAUCCUGAAAUGUGAAGGUUCAACCACAGAGGUCCUUUAUGGCAGUGUAUCCAGGAAAGGGCUACUUAAGAUACUGUGGUACUUAAAUUGAGUGAAAUGUAUUUUAAUUUUUUGAAAGAUCUAACACUGUACCUAGCAUACCUGAUUCUGGUUUGUUCACUGUUGGUUUUUGCAUUGUUGCAUUGUCUAUAAUCUGGUGUUCAUCAACUCUGUUUUAAUUAACUGAAACCUUUUGAAUGUCUGUGCAUGUUACAGUCUGUUUUUGGCCUAAAGCUAGGCUUUCUUCAUUCAGGUGCACCAGCUGACUGUGUCCCUGCCAUGAUGGCAUCAUUCACUCCAUGCUGUUUUUAUGUAAAGCUCGCGUGCCCUUAAAAUAUGACGCUGAUGACUAAAGGCUGACAAAAUGAAAACUUAGUUUGUUUUACAAAUGUUUAUGCUGUUUUAUCAGUAAUAUGCCAAAUCUUUAUGGGCCAAUACAGUCUGUUUUAGAGUGCUUCAGUACUCAGUGCUGGUUUCAGCCUUAAAUUAAGAAUUAUUAAUUACUACAGUAUUUGCUGUAAAUAAUAUUUAACGUUUUGUUUAUAUUAAACAAUUAUUCUUCAUUUUCCAUUAGUAUGUGUGUGUUUGGGGGGCUAUAUUGAUCAGAUAU